AUGGAAUUCUGGGGACUUGAAGUUCAGGCCGGGGAGUCUAUUAAAGUGAUCCCUAAUGAAGACUGCCGUAUCUUCAUGUCUAAGGCAUCACUCGAUAGGGUGGCAGUCAUGGCAGAAGGAGAACACUCUGCCUACUUAUAUGUGACUAUUGAGGAGAAGAAAAUCGUCAUUGGAACUCUUCCAGAUGGAAAUGUCCGACAUAUCAGUCUUGAUCUUCACUUUCAUAAAGAGUUUGAGCUUUCCCACAGCUUACAGAGUGGAAGUGUCCACUUUACUGGCCACCAGUCUCCUAAGCAGCUUGAGCCAUGCAACAGGAAGAGGAAACCUGCAGCAGCAGCAGCAGCAGCAGCCUCUACUCCUCAGAGGACAGGUAAGAGCGUGUUUGUACCUUGUUCAGAAAGCAAAGCAAAUGUAAAGAAGCAGAAGAAAUCUGAGGUUAAAUUCUGUGGAACCUAG